AUGUCCAAUACCUCACCAUCCUGUCCAAAUGCUCACAAACACCUCGCUCUCGCAGCCUUGCUCGGUCGAGUUCUGGAAUCUUUCGGCUUUCAGGAUGUACCAACAAUGCUCCGCGAUAUGAUCGGCACCGACGCUUUCCUCCGGCCCUGGGCCGCCUACCGCGACAGUUACUUGUUGGAUCCCAAAUUCAAGCUGGAAGGUCUGCGUCCAGGAGGCGAGGAUAUGAGCACGCUCUUCGGACACAUCACCCGUGAAGUCAAUGGCCGGUCGUCGCGGAGAACAAAUCAACGGGGCGAAGAUGCGGGUGGUCGUUCACACACCGUCCAGCUGUUUUCGUCGCUGAUCCACAAACUCACUGAGCCGGGCGCCUUCUACCAUGGUGGAAAGAAGGAAGACUUGGGUUGGCUCGCGGGGGCCUGCCGAGACUUGUUUCUGCUGGUCAAGCUUCUGCGGGAAGAGUACGCACGUGGCCAUGGUGACCUGAUGGACGCCAUCGAGGAACGUUAUCCGAGCAGAUGGUUUAGCGAGGAGCGUGGCGAAGUGGAAGAAGACAAAGAACCCAAGCGUUACCAAGAGAGCAUCCCCGAAUCAGACAUAUCAGAGUAUAGGCAACUCGAAUCCGACAGGAGUUCCACUUUGUCUCUAAUCGAUCGAAACAGCGGCCCCGUUUCUCAACCUGACUAUGACGACCCUGAUAUCUAUUACAGAGGAUUCACAGACUAUGAGAGCAGUGAAGAGACGGAUGAGGAUGAAGAAGACGGAGAGUUUUUCAAUGAGAAGAUGAGCACUGCAGCCACUGCUGCCCACACCGAGAGGCUCAGCGAGGAGCCGAUAGAACAGCCUGCUGCGGUCAUUGGGGUUCUCGAGGGACGAAAACCGAAGAACGACUCACAGACCCAGUUAUUGGCAACUGUCUCUCGAGCAACAUUGGAUCGGUCGUACCCGCCGGAAAAAGCCAUUGCUGAAUCGGGCCAUGUCAAGAAUUCAUUCAAUCCAGAGAAAGUGAUAGCGACAGGUCUACGAACUGGACAGGAACCAAGAGGCUUACCUGGAAUUGGGACGGGGUCGUAUGAGGCCCACCACAGUGAAUUAGCAGCAGAGGGUUAUGAUGAGCCCGACCGCUUGUCCCCCGCGAAUUGCCCUCGAUCUAUGGAGAAAGGCGACAGCUAUGCAAACAUUGCAAAGCAUAGCCAGAUGUCUCCCCGUCCCCAAGAGAUUCCUGGGGCUGGCGAUCUUGCAAGGAUGCAGAACAACCUAUCAAUGACCGAGUCGUCCAUCGCGUUUUCUACGUCGCAGUUACCCCAUCACAGCCAAAAGGCAAACGCAACGGACUUACUCGACCUUGUCCAGCCUCCUGCCAACAGUCUGUCUGAAACUGUAGCCACAGCUCCCAUAACAGACCCACCGACGAGCCAAACCUGUUUGACGCCACGUCACGCCUCGAUCGUGCCCCCAAACGUAGCCCCGAGCAAGCCUCAGGGUUUUCGUAUGCCGUUUCUUCUCAGUGACUCAGAGUCUGAAGGCGAAAACGGCCAUGAUCUCAACCCUUCUGUUCAGCAACAUGAGCAACGGACGACCCGAGAGCCUGCUAUCGGGACUCGAGAAGAUGAGCCAAACUCGCCGACAGAACCCCCGUUGAGCAGUGCGGCACCACCUUUCAGCUUCCAACAUCAGCCUUCCGGCACCGUCCCGCAAAUCGACGACGAUUCACUAUUCUUACCCUCGACCGACAACCAGCUUCCUAAGCCCUCCCAUUCACCGCACGCAGCCCUACUUAACUCAGUUCCCCGUGAUCCACCACAUCCUGCAAUCCCCAAGCGCUCUGCGACUGAGCUUGGCCUCUUUUUGGAACUAUCUGAGCGACGCGCGCCUCCGAUGUUGAGCUUCUUCGAUCCAGAGGCGCCUGCCUCUUCGCUGCCUGCUGAGGAUCCCUUUGUAGAGGAGUGGGCCUAUUUUGGGAACCAAUAG